AUUGAAAAGAAUGGAGGAAGUUGCUACCAAGCUCGGUGCUGAUGGCAUUCAGAAAAAAGUGCUCUCUCCGGGUAAAGGAGAGCUUCCAUCGUUUCACGAUGGUACAAAGGUCAUAUUUCAUUAUCGCACCAACCUGUGUGAUGGUACAGUGCUGGAUGACUCCAGGAUGAUGGGAGGAAAGAGUAAACCCAUGGAGCUUAUCCUAGGGAAGAAGUUUAAGCUGCCGGUUUGGGAGCGGGUGAUCGCCACAAUGAGACCUGGAGAAGUAGCUGACUUCACCUGUGACAUAAAGCACACAGCCCUGUACCCAUUGGUUUCCCAGUCAUUACGGAAUAUUAGUGUGGGGAAAGAUCCUCUAGAGGGUCAGAGACAUUGUUGUGGAAUCGCUCAGGUACACUCUCACCACUCACUGGGCCAUGCUGACUUGGACCACCUGCAGGCAAACCCCCAGCCUUUGGUCUUCACCAUCGAACUCCUAGAGGUCUUGCCCCCAGGCUCUUUUGCAUUAGAGACGUGGGCGAUGACGGAUGAGGAGAAAUUGCAGGCCGUACCACAAAUCCAUGAGGAGGGCAACAUGCUCUUCAAGAAGGGACAGACUGCUGCAGCUGCAGAAAAAUACUACAAUGCCAUUGCCUGUCUGAAGAACCUGCAGAUGAAGGAGCAGCCUGGUGAUUUGGCGUGGAUUAAACUGGAUCAGAUGAUAACUCCACUCUUGCUAAAUUACUGCCAGUGUAAGCUGAUGCUGGGCCAAUACUAUGAAGUGCUGGACCACUGCUCCUCGCUUCUCAACAAGUAUGAAGAUAAUCUGAAGGCGUACUUUAAGCGUGGGAAGGCCCAUGCAGCAGUGUGGAAUGAGGCUGAGGCCAGGGCAGAUUUUGCUAAGGUGUUAGCACUGGACCCCUCUCUGGGCCCCGCGGUGGCCAAGGAGAUCCGAGCAAUGGAGGAAAAGAUCCGGGAGAAGGAGAAAGAGGAGAAGGGACGCUACAGAAAUCUCUUCAACUACAGCAGCACUUCAACAACAGCAACUACGAGCUGAAAGAAAUAUGGACAUUUCUUUUGUUGACCAUGAAGAGAGGUUCUGUCGUUGAGGCACUAUAAAUUUGAGCCUGUGAAUGCUCUUCUGUUUGGCCUUUCAUGACUCUAGCUAGGCAGACACAAGCAGCUUCCUUUUUUCCUUUCCACAUGUUCAUUCCCCCAUCCAGAUCAUACCACUCACAGUUAACAGGCACAAAAUAUUAUAUGUCUGUAAUAGAUCCCAUUAUACAAUGAAAUGUAACUUAUUUUUGGUUUAUUACAGAAAUUAAAAGGAUGACAAAGGCUUGCCUAACUAAUAUUUUUAGGGUUUCACACAUUGAAAUUCUGCAGUCUGAACUAACACUUGUUAAAAAAAAAAAAAAGUCUGUUAUACAUUAUGGAGAGUAGCAGCAGACUGCUUACAUGCAGUUAAAGUAAUAUACAGGCAGAGCCACCACACGAAGACAUGAUUCAACCUCCUGAUUGAGACAAUUAGCUUAUGAAGUACUCUUGUCACUAAUGCAUGGCUGCACAAUAUGGAAAAUAAGAUAUUGCGAUAGUACUGCUACAUUAUAGCAGUUGCGAUGGUUUUAAUAACUUGCAAAACACAAGUUGGAGAAUUGAUCAUGUGACAUGGUUAAAAGAUUGGCCUGUAUUAUAUUGACCAAAAUAUUUGUUGGAUGAUUUGAAUGCCUUGAUUCAUAAACACCCAUACAGACAAAGAUAUGUGAGAAUUCGUCAAGAGUCCUCAUAGUGCAAAAUAUUACACAUUAGCUGUAUGUUCAAUGUCUUGUAAGCUUUGGCAAUAUCCCUUCUGCAAUAGCCAAUACUGCUAUAACUUUAAACAAGUGAUAUCUAUUGUAAAACCCUACUCUGUUGCUCUGUCCUCCUUUAUUUAUCUUAUGUAUCUGUGUCAACCUUUGAUAGUUCCUGUUGUAUUCUCAUCUUUAUUUUCAUGUCAGUGGUCUUUGUAUGUAGGCUUGUAUACUUCGAUUUAUACUUUGACGAAUUCAUAUGCAAACUUUCACCUUGAUGGUCCUAAACAAGCCUUUCAAAAUAUGUCUGAGACAGGAUACAUAAGAAUUCACAGACCACUGUGACACAUAGAAAUGCUUGAGGAACCAAUGGCCAGCUGCUAAGUGAAAAAAAGAAAAAAAAAAAAAGUUAGCCUCCUCAGUGGUAAAUAUCAUGGCAAGUUUGUACAGUUCUGUACAAAAAGCACUGAAUGGGUGUCUGUAAUAUGCCUUGUGUGUUUCACUGAAACAGCAGACUGCAUUUGUUAUAACAAGCCAAAUAAAGACAAGAACCUGGA